AUGCCGGGACUGACAUACGCCAUUGCCUGGAUCGCCACCAACCAGUCGGCUUUCCAGGGUGCCCUCCAAGUUCUGCAGCCCGCUCAGGAGAACUCCUUCUGGAGAAAUGACGCCACCAUAGAGCACCCCGAUUUUGCUCCCCCCCGCCAAUAUGUGUUUAACCACAAUCAGAUAAACGGGCACAUCGUUUAUUUAGCGAAUGCAGAAGAUGAAAGGAAUGUCACUGCCUUGGCUGAUAUCAUGAUAAACAGGCUUAAGAGAAAUCAUCUGCACAUCCGCAUGUUUCUAAUCAGCAGUCUGGCUUCUAUUGAGGACUACAGUUUCCUCACACCACCUCUUACCACCGACAGCUGCCUACUCGAUUCAUUUCCCCCUCUCGCUACUAGCUUGAUUAUGCCUGACGCUGAAAGGAACGGAAAGCGCCUCCUCGAGGCGGCGGCGAGACAUCAAGAUACCCAACUUGGGGAACACCACAGGUUUGUACCUUUGUUUCUCUACAAUAUCCGGGACCCAAGUCUCGAAACGAACAUUUGUCGUUCAUAUGAUUUCUUCGGCCUACCAUCCAUGAUGUUUAUGGGCCUGUGCCACGCGAGCGACAUGUCUGACGAAGCGCAAACUAAUUCGUCUGCGGUAGCGGGAUUCCAUAUUAAGGGUGUUCUUGAGCACCUCGAGCGACUAGAGGCAAUAGCGAAUUGA